UCGCUGCUGAAGUGAUCUAUUGCGCCAUCGUCCUUGCGGCCAAUGGUAUCCUCGGAAAUGACUCCGAAUAUCUCUUGUAGCGCUUGCGCGAUCUGCCCGAACCGUGAGGCCAGUUCGACCUUCGGAAGUGGAAAAUCUACCUGCCGCAAAGACUGUAUCGAGAUCGAUGAUUCCAUCUUGCAUAACCUUGUCGAACAGUCACAGCUGUAGUGCACAUGUCGCAAGAGCACCUGCAGAUAACGUCAACUCUCUUUUAUCUGGCUUUCACUUUUCCUUGGAAUCUUUAAACGCCAUGGAUCAGCAACUCAUGUCGACCGGCGUACCACUCCUGAUUCUUGGACUUGGCUGGACAGGAACGUUUUUGAAUGAAUUACUGUCUCAACUCCACAUUACAUAUGUUGCGACGACGCGUCACCAAACCACCGAUACUGUUCAAUGGGAGCUCCCACAAGACGACAGCUGUACACACGUAGACGUCAGCGCCUUGCCACAAGCAAAAACAGUCUUAGUUACGUUUCCUGUUCGCAGCUCAGCAUGCAUGAGCAGCUUAAUGGAUGCUUACGAGUCCAAGCACGGUCAAACACAGUGGAUUUUACUCUCGUCAACACGGCCAUUUAGUGGCAAUCCCAGCGAUCGUCACGGACCGAUAGAUCCAUCCAAGGAUACUUCAGGACGGAUGGAAGGUGAAGCUGUUAUUUUGGAGCGUGGUGGCACAGUGCUUCACUUGGCCGGGCUAUGGGGUGCUCAGCGGCAACCACGCAAUUGGGUGCCUCGUUUUGCCACGCAACAAGCAAUCCGAGGCAAAUUGCUGGCGCGGCAACUUCAUUUGAUUCACGGUAACGAUGUUGCCAGGGCAAUUGUAGCCGCCCACAAACAUUUCCAAAAGGGCCAACGGUGGAUCGUGACAGAUGGCGGUUGUUAUGACUGGAUCCAAUUGUUUCUUGCUUGGGGAAGCGAAGAGCAAAUUGAGAUGGCUCGUGACCUUGCCAAAAAUGACGACGCUUGUCGCCAGGCGUUAGGAAGCGGAUCACUCGAGGAAAUUGUUGCUCGAGGGGGUGUCAGGCCUCGGCUUGAUUCGCGUGAUUUCUGGAAUACUUUCCAACUAGAGCCUACCGAGUUCCUUCAUAUAUGUAAAAGCUAGACUGUGUUUCUGCUGCUCUAAAAAUAAACCUUAAUAUUCGGG